AUGAACUUCCAGAAAUGCAGCUCUCACGCGCGCAGCGGUAUUCGGCUUCAGGACGGAUUGGAAAAUCGGGCAUUAUAUAGAGAAGAGAAGGAAUCCGAUAUUCGAGAAUCCGAGGGGAUAAGGUUGAAUAGUGAUAGUGGAAAUAGACGGGAUAUUAUCAGCACGAAAUUCAAAUUGGAUAGGCUUGACAGUGAAGGAAUGCAUCGGGCUUGGCACCAUCUUGACCCCAUUUGCCGCUGUGGCUUCCACUAUUCCCAGGCCUCCGGCAACUUUAACUCGCAACGUCGCAAUCUCGCCACCACGAAGCUUCCCCUGAUCCAAAAUCUCCGAUCCCCAUCCCAAACCCCUUUCAGCUUUGCCUCGCCAGGUCCGGCGUUGACGGGCUCUACCCGAUCCGCCCAAGCAACUCAAUCUCCAUCCCUUCCUUAUCCAGAUCCAUGGCUCUCUCUUCUGCUUCGUCUCUCCCAAGCCUUAACCAUUCCAGCGGUCAGGCGUCCAGUGCCUGUCGCUCCUGCUGCACAGGUUGCCCCGGCCCCUCAGCGCCGGCAGCCUGUUGUAGUUCCCCCCGUUCGUCCAGCGGUCCGGCGUCCAGUGCCUGCCGCUCCUGCAGCACAGGUUGCUCCGGCCCCUCAGCGCCGGCAGCCUGUUGUAGUUCCCCCCGUUCGUCCAGCGGUCCGGCGUCCAGUGCCUGCCGCUCCUGCAGCACAGGUUGCCCCGGCCCCUCAGCGCCGGCAGCCUGCUGUAGUUCCCCCCGUUCGUCCAGCGGUCCGGCGUCCAGUGCCUGCCGCUCCUGCAGCACAGGUUGCUCCGGCCCCUCAGCGCCGGCAGCCUGCUACUACUGUUGCUCCCGUUGUUCCAGCGGAAGUACCUCGUGUUCGGGUUCCCCCUCCCACUCCCACUAGGAAGAGGGGUGCCCAGACCGAGGUGCCUUCGCCUUCCACUUGUCGGGUUUCUGUUUUCGCCCGACUUUCUCACCCCGAGGUUGUUGGGCAGACCCCGACACUUCCCGUUGUUCCUGUUCCCGGUCCUGAUGUUCCUUCCUCUUCCACCUCCGGCCUUGGGAGAAGGGCCAGGAGGAAUAGGAACAGGAGACUUCGUUUAGCUGCGUCAGAGGCAGAGAGGCAGCAGAUGGCUGAUGCUAUAGCUCACCAGGAGCUAGUUGAGAGGACAGUGGCUCCCAGGCAGCGGAGGCCACGAUGA